CCCCCUACUUGGGUACAUCCCUUUUCUGGGAAAAAAUCACCACCUGAAGUUUGCGGAACUGGCCAAUGUCUACGGACCGAUUGUAAGGUUCAAGUAUGGAAUGGUGAACGUCGUCGUUCUGAAUGACUACGCCUCCGUCAAGAAAUGGCUCACCCACACCGCAUUCCACUCUCGGCUCAGAAACGUGUUCUGCACAAACACCGGCUUACUCGAACUUUUGCAGGUAUCGGAACGCUCAACGGAGAAGCGUGGCGUACGAACCGCCGAUUGUGCCUCGGUAUCUUGCGAGACAACGGUUGGAAACCGGCAGUCAUGGAAGAGCAGACCAAGGAGGAGUUGCAGUACUUCUGUGGAAAGCUUUCCCAAUACAGGGAUAAACCUGUGCCCAUAAAGCAGUUGGCGAUGACCAGCAUUGCAAACGGCAUCAUGAAAAUUCUGAUGAGCGUAUCGUACCCGUUCGGAGAUCCAAGACGAGUGCUUCUCGACAGACAGAUGGCGCAGGUGGGACGGGCGAUAUCUUCUUGCUCUCUGAUCGUGUGGGCACCAUUGUGGCUGUAUUCCCUCGUGGGCCGCCUGCCCUACACAAGUCUUCAUUCGAUGAGGUCCGGUUUUCAAGGGAUUGUUGCAUUCAUCAAAGAAAGAGUCAGAGAGCACCAAGAGCUGCUCGACGAAAACUCCAGCCUCGACUUCACAGAUGCGUUCUUGAAGGAGACGUGCGAGUACCGCAAGGCCCCGGAUUCUCACAUCAGUGUAAAGUACGCUGCCGGUCAUGUACUGGCUCUGCUGAGUGCUGGUACGAACCCUGUAAGCAGCAGCAUCGUUUGGCACCUUCUGAUCUGCGCCGACAAGCCGGGCCUGCAGAACAAGAUCAGGGAAGAGAUUGACAAAGUGAUCGGACAGCAACGAAUGCCGGCCUGGGGAGACCGUUACAACAUGCCUUUCACCAUGGCCUGCAUUUGGGAGACCUACCGCUGGAGGACGAUGAACCCAAUCGGGAUUCCAAGAGGCUGCGAGGAGGACGUCAGCAUCGAUAACUACGUGAUUCCCAAAGGAACGAUCGUGCUGCCAAAUCUGUGGGCAGUGCACAUGGAUCCCACGCUGUGGAAAGAUCCGGAAGCCUUCGACCCCUCCAGAUUCCUGACGGCUGACGGCUCGGGACUGAUCGCUAAGCCUGAGCACUUGGUGCCCUUUUCUGUCGGCAAACGAAUGUGCCCAGGAGAGGCGGCCUCCAAUAUGCAGAUCUUCCUGUACCUCACAGGGGUUCUGCAGAAGUUUAUCGUGAUGCCUGAAGAUGGUGUUGCAGUCGACUUGUCUGUGGACUGUGUGACCUUCAACAGCCCUAUGGUGCAGAAUUUGCGCUUCAUUCCUCGUUCAUAGACUCUAUAGGUUACGUGCAAUUUAUUUGGUUGUUCUUUUCGCGGUUGUUUGCCUCCAAGUUUUUAAUAAACUACGCCUAAUGGGUUUCUAGAUGUCUCA